GGAGUUUCAUACCGAACCAGACGCUCCUUUUGUCGGAUCCGUUCCGACCUGACUCCCCGGGGUUUACGGCUGAAAAAACGACACUUAAACAGCCCAAAAAUAAUUAACACGAUUACCUUGAUUUGUAGUAACAACGCUGGUUUCUUACUGCCACGAAAGGUGAGUGAAAAGUUGUGUUUUGACGACGUUAUAAGCGAUUUUCAAGUCGUGUCUCCCCGAGUCUUUGUAACACUCAUGGCGGCUCUGCAGUGAGAGCUUUGGGGCGAGAGCAAGCAGAUGCGUCCGCUCGCGUAUCUGUUUUUCAGCAAGUUCUAGCUUUAUAUGCAUUUCUGAACUUUGCACUUACUGCUUUUGAUUGUUAUAGAACCCCAGUGAAAGUUAAGUGCAAUCUCCUCCUAAUUUUAACAUUAAAACGACUUUUCACAAAUUGACGAAUUAGGCUAUGCUACAAAAUUAGGCUAUGCUACAAACACACAUCCAGUCUGCUAAUAAGAAAUUGAGUCGACAGUGGUUUUCUUGUCAAUUUACUUCGUGUAAAAUAUAGAUAAUGUCUUCCAAAAAUUGGUUUGGUAGCAUGUUUUUUUUUUCAUGCCAGCGGAAGCUGCGUUUUGACUCCUGCCUGAAUAAGGGCGCCAUUACUGGGGUAGCAAGCAAAGAACGGUCGGUGUUCCCAAGACAAACUUAAAGGCUGUAGCCUUGAUUCAAAAUAGAAAGACAUUAAAAUAGUAAUGCCACGGCCCCUCGAAAUAUGUGAAGGCAGUCUGAUGAGUGUAACAUUUUAUGUUUUCAUAGUUUUAGGCAGCACAAUAUUCCCAGGAUUGUUAUCGGUAGAUGUAUAGAUGGAUGCGACAAUGUUAUUAUUUUUUUUUUGUGCAAUGUAGGCCUAUUUUCUUUUAAGUUUGCAGUAUCUGUUGUUUUCCCGAAGUUUGACCUUGUGAGCGGGUCACGAUGACACUUCACCGAGAAAGCGACGCCUCGGUCGGGUGCACAGCUGCGCCACGGCUUGGGGGAAGCGGGCGGGGGUAGGCGCGCACUUUCUGGCAGUUUGAUUCAGCCCUCCGCCACGGAAUGUUCAAGCUGUUCCGGCAUUAUAUUCACUUCUCUAGAACGCUCCCUCCAUCCCAGGCUAUCAAGACAAGCCUAUUAUCCAGCCUAGACUAUCUUAAGGGGUUUCAUAUCACCCCAUGUGGGAAAGGGAAAAUAUCUUGAUUUAAAUAAAAAAAAAUACGUAGGCUACAUUUGUUUUUUGAGACAGUUGUGGAUGCAUUUCUGUAGCUUAGGCUAAGACUAUUUGGAUAAUGCUCAACUGUCAGCGGCUUGAGAGCGGUUCAGCGGCAGGAGUGGUGUUAUGGCGGGUACCUGGUGAAGUUUUGCGGCCGAGUGGGCCCCAAUAUUGACACUCAUUAGGCCUAUUUGGUUUUCAAAUAUGCACGCAAACCUGAUAAAACGAAUAUUAAAAUGUUGAAUGUUUGUGAUUUUAGGUCUAUCAUGUAGGCUAAUCAUUGUGCUAUGCCUGGUGGGGAAAAAAGUUGCCUGGUGCAAUAUCUAUCGACCGACACAGUCGCGGUUAGUUAGCCUAUCUAGGCUAUGCGGGUCAGGGGUAUAGGCCUGAUGGAAAAGAAGCUGAAAAGGCCAACGGUGGCGGCGGAACUAUGCGCCUCGAGAUGACUGCAUGGCCCCUUUGCAUCCCUUUUGGUACGAACCGCAGAGAGACCGUGCGUUUGUCGAAAAUUCUGCAUUAUCUUAUUCAUUUUAAAAACAUACCGCACAAAUUAAUAAAGAACGGUUGCAUAUAGCGCUCAUUUGGACUAUAUUAGCAUACACUAUAUGUAGCCUAUAGGCCUAUGCUAUUAUAAGCGCCUUAACGCUCUCCUGUCGUACCGGGUGACAGGCGAGGAUGUGGGCAGGCACACAACACUUGCAUCUCACGUCCGGAGUCGAGACCGAGGCUUCGAAUUUGGAAACGCCCGUGUUUGGAUUGCUGGGCUCAGCACUAACUCAUUUCUAAAGAUACUCUGUUCUAGAGUAUUUAAACGCUUAUUUUAAACUGCAGCAUUUUAUCAAUUGCUCAGUUGACAAGCAAAAACUUGCUCUCACGGCGCCAUCACAUCCGUAAGCUAUCCACCACAGUGAAAGGUCAGCUGCGCUUGGCUGAGCGCUUUGAUAAUAACGUUCCGAAAAGCCGCAAUCUCCAGACGAAUUAAUAAGAUGUAUCCAUUCGGCUGCCAUUGAAAAACAACACCAUGAAACAAUAAAUUCAUCGGUCCUCUCCGUGAAUCGUAUUGUGUGCCACUCUUUUCAGAAGUACACGAUGUUCCCUCAUAUGGGAAAGGAUGGAUAGUAGUGUAGACUUGGGCGGAGCAUCCGCAUGACCGACUUUUGCGGUAUCAGAAAUACGUGUCCCUAUUUUGUGUCAAGUGUAGCUUUUGAAAUCUUCUUUGUGCAUUGCCUAUUGGUUACCCUACUUGUAGUAAAUACGUUUGACCUUGUGCAUAAAGGUGCUUCAUCAGCUGAAUAAUUGUCAAGACGUGCACCUUCUCCAUAUCAAUAUUUUGUAACUAAUUUAGUCGUGGAUGGAACCAUAGAAUUACAUUAGAACACCUGAAUGGAACGUCAUGAGUCAGUUCUUGAACUUGAGAUACAUUCUCGUGUAGAUACAUAUCUUUAUGCAUAUUGGAAUUGGUGAGUUUUUUUUGGGACAGUUCUCUCUGUGCAUAUUUCCACUUUUAGCCAUAGUUAAUUUGUCUAUAAUGGUAAUUUUUCUAAAGUUGUGACAGACAGGACCCUAAAUAUGUGAUGCAUUUGUGGUUCCAGAAUCUCUAGAAGCCAGGUCAGUUGAGCUGCCCACAGACGCUGAACCAUGAACGGCAGCAGCAGUGUGUCCUCUGCCUCCCAGACCAUCCGGAUAAAAACAGAACCAGGUAGGGUACAUAACUAAAACCACCCUUCAUCAUGGGAUGUAAGUGUAUGAUUUCCGUUUAUAAUCUUGCCUGGAAAGUUGUUUAGUGGUAGUCUCAGGUUUCUCACAGUCAGGAUAACUGAUGUGUUGAAUUCUGGUUGAUUUUUGAAAGAUCACUGUGUAUUUGACAUUUACUUGGAUUUGUCUGACGGUUGUUUAUCUAUUCUGGGGUCAACUUGAGGUUUAUUGUGUCUAAUAAAAGGCCAGUCAAAACAAGCGAAACACACCUGCUCGUUGAUGUUGCUUGAUGGAUGUGUGUGGUUGUGUGAUUGUCUAUGUUCCAGUUGUGGAUGCAUGGAGUAAGGAGGAUUGCCUCACUCUUUUGGAGAGAAUUCGGAGCCUGUUGCCUGAUAGUGAUGCCAUGAAAUACAAGACCACCGAGUCCCACUUUGACUGGGAGAAGGUGUGCUUCGGAGGCUUCACCGGCGACAUGUGCAAACAGAAGUGGGCGAAGGUGUCCACUGAGGUUAGCCAAUCACAACAGCAGAACAUCGAUUUAAUGUUUAGAAUUUGUGCAGGGAAGUGUCACAGAAAUGACAGAAAGCAAUGUCUGUAAUGUCUCUUUUUCUACUGGAAAAAUCGUACCGUUGUGAAAUGAAACACGGCACCAUGAAAAAAAAAAUGUUUACAACAUAAUUUCAGGUUAGGCCUUAAUCCAAUUGAUACUAUGUGUUCAGGUGCGGAAGUUUAGGACUAUGACCGAGCUCAUAGUUGAUGCCAUUGAGUUUGUGAAGAACCCUUACAGAGGGAAGAAAUUGAAGGUAAGCAAUCAGGUUUUACCUUGUACUUCUGCUCUCUUUUUUUUCUCAACACUUUUUUGUUGUUUUAUUUUACUUUUUUUAUUAAAAAAUAAAUGCACUGUUGGUUAAGGGUUGUAAGUAAGCAUUUCGCUGUAAUGUCUGCACCUGUUGUAUUCGGCGCAUGUGGCCAAUAACAUUUGAUUUGAUUCAAAAUACUAGGGUUAUACUUGUCAAUCUCACAUCUUCUACCAUAUGAAUGACCAUUGUUCUGUUUUCCAUCCUUUUAGACACACCCAGACUUCCCAAAGAAACCCCUUACGCCGUAUUUCCGGUUCUUCAUGGAGAAGCGAGCCAAGUAUGCCAAGAUCCACCCGGAGAUGAGCAACCUUGACCUCACCAAGAUUCUGUCCAAGAAAUACAAGGAGCUCCCAGACAAGAAAAAGGUGAUGGUCAAGUCCUUUCAUUAUACCUUUGGGAUAAUCUUUUAUUUAAUUCAAGGCAGAUCCCAAAUCUAUACAUGGCAUCACUGUAUAGAAAACAACUAAUUGAGUGAGGGUUAUUCUCUGUUACCCACAGCAAAAGUACAUCACAGAGUUUCAGCGAGAGAAGGAGUCCUUUGAGAAGAAUAUGGCCCGUUUCAAGUGAGUGGCAUUUUCUGUAUCGUUGAAGCCAGCCUUCAGUGGCCAAAUUAGCUUCCUGUGCUAAAUAAUAAGCAACGCUUUCCAAAACUGGCAGACUUUCCUUGAAAAGAAACCAGGUGAUCACUGUCCUCUAUCUGCUGGUUGAAAGGGUAUACCACCCAUAUACAGUCGCCUUAACGUCUUUGGUCUUGUUCCCCAGAGAGGACUACCCGGAGUUGAUAGAGGAGAGAAAGAAGUCGGACCUUCCUGAGAAGCCCAAGACGCCCCAGCAGCUGUGGUACAACCAUGAGAAGAAGACCUACGUGAAGCUCCACCCCGAUGUGAGAGUGUGUGCGCAGGGGGAAAUCCGCCCAGCUAAGUCUGGGAUUUCACGGAAUGAAACUGUUGCGCUUCCUUGAACUUACCCUCACAAGAAAAUGUCCCUUUUUUUUUUGUAAUUAUUUGUGGUGAAUGACGAAUGCCAUUCCUUUCUCUGGGGUUACCAGGUGAGCCAGAAGGAACUGAAGGAGGCUCUGAGGAGACAGUGGUCCCAGCUCUCAGACAAGAAGAGACUCAAAUGGAUCAGCAAGGCCCUGGAGCUGCAGAAAGACUAUGCGGUAAGAGGUUAGAUGUGAAGGGCCUUGAGGCGCCACAGGAUAGCGCCUCAAGACACAACUCCGUAAUCCUCUACUGUUUUUUUUCCUGGUAGAGGAAACCAGCAAAUUUGCCACUUCGUAUGUGAUAUACACUGCCUAGAGAGUAAGGCUGCGUUUACACGUUUCACUAAUUGGUCUUUUGAUCAAUCAGAUCAGCUCUGAAAAAUAUCUGAGGUGAAAAGAUCUGAUGUGAUUGGUCAAAGGACCAAUUAUUGGAAAGUAGAUCAGAAUUGGUCUGCCUGUGUAAACGCAGCCUUACAUUCGAAAUAAAUAGUAUUUCAUCCCCUUUUUUGCACAAUCAAUGACAAUUUCAGCGUUGUUUUUUUUAGUUUUUUUAAGGCUUGAUGAGGAGAAAUUGUCUCAAAUAUUUGUCACCCGAAAAGUUUGAAUCCAUGGUUAUCUACAGGGUUGUAUGAGAGUCUACCAGGAGGCCCAUCCAGACGCUGAAGAGCACGUCAAGUCCGUCCUCACCAAAGCUGAGCGGCAGCUCAAGGACAAGUUCGACGGCAGGCCAACCAAACCACCGCCGUAAGUUCGCUUGAUCGGAGUCACAUUAUUUUAUUGAAAGAAUAUUGGACAAGUGGAGUAGGGGGUAGCAGAAUGUGGAGUAGGGGUAGCAGAAUGUGGAGUAGGGGGUAGCAGAAUGUGGAGUAGGGGGGAGCAGAAUGUGGAGUAGGGGGUGGCAGAAUGUGGAGUAGGGGGUGGCAGAAUGUGGAGUAGGGGGUGGCAGAAUGUGGAGUAGGGGGUAGCAGAAUGUGGAGUAGGGGGUAGCAGAAUGUGGAUAGGGUAGCAAUGUGGGAGGGGGAGCAGAAUGUGGAGUAGGGGGUAGCAGAAUGUGGAGUCAGGGGUGGGCAGAAUGUGGAGUAGGGGGUGGCAGAAUGUGAGUAGGGAGUAGAGAAUGUGGGGGGUGGCAGAAAUGUGGAGUAGGGGUGGCAGAAUGUGGAGUAGGGGGUAGCAGAAUGUGGAGUAGGGGGUAGCAGAAUGUGGAGUAGGGGGGAGCAGAAUGUGGAGUAGGGGGUGGCAGAAUGUGGAGUAGGGGGUGGCAGAAUGUGGAGUAGGGGGUGGCAGAAUGUGGAGUAGGGGGUAGCAAACCCCCAUCGCCAGGACGUGAUCUAGUAUCAGCAGCGCAACCAGACUCGGGCACAAUCGCUUGGCAGGACUGAAAAGACCAAAAGGGAUUUUUGCCCUCAGGCAUUUUUUUCCAGAGAUUAUGUAUUGGGGAUCCUUAUGUAAACAGUAGCUCUUGGUUUCUCUGUGAAAACACCCGUGGAGUUUAAAGACCUUUGUCCUCGUCGAAUUCUAUGGCGCUGAACUAGGUAGCUUGGCUUUUUGGUCUUCAGGAAUGGUUACUCCCUAUACUGCGCUGAGCUGAUGGUGAACAUGAAGGAUGUUCCCAGUACGGAGCGUAUGGUGCUGUGCAGUAAGCAGUGGAAGAUGAUGACGCAGAAGGAGAAGGACAUGUUUCAGAAACGCUGCGAGCAGGUCAGUCUUGUUCAGCUCCGUUCAAGGGGGGGAGAUGCAAUGAAUCUCCAGUAUUUUCUAUUUUAUUUCGUAGCUCUGCCUCCUUAAUAGCUGCUUUCAUUAUUUUGGCCUCUAUUGGCUGCAAUUGUUUGUUUUUGCUGCCAUGUCAUGCUGCAUCUGGGGAACUUUGCUGAAAAUACAGUGAAAUACCUGUUUUUAGCCGAAUAUGUAUUGUGAAGGUUUGAAAGGGUUUCGGUUUGGUGAACCAUGAUGACAAAGUUUAUGUAUUGUUGUCAUUCACAAAUCGGAUCAAUGCUCUUUCUCCCCGGUGCUGGUGUGUCUGGCAACAGAAAAAGAAGCAGUACGAAAUUGACCUACAGAGGUUUCUAGAGGUAAGUAGAACUGAAUAUAUCCAUAUCUAUAGUACUGUACAUAUCACACUACACCAGGGUUCUUCAAUUCCGGUCCUGGAGGGCCGAAACACCUCUGUUUUUCAUCCUCUCCUUCUAAUCAGGGGCUAAUUCAGACCUGGGACACCAGGUGAAUGCAAUUAACUACCAGGUAGAAAUCAAAAACAGAAGUUUCGGCCCUCCAGGACCGGAAUUGAAGAACCCUGCACUACACACUCUUGGCUGGCCUGAGUUUUAGAAGUGGAAGUCUAUGACAGGCCUCCAUGUCGGUUCUGUUUCCCCAGAGUCUCCCGGAGGAGGAGAGGGACCGCGUGAUGACGGAGGAAAAGCUGGGGGGCUCGCGGCUGGGCAUGGGGGGUGUUGGCAGCCCUCACAGAGCCAAGUCCCCCUCCGCCAAGGUGGGUCUCACAAAACUACAACAGGUAUGUCACCACCUAUUCAGCCACAAGGUGGGCUUUCUGUUAGGUUACAGUGAAGCUGGGCUAUAGCUUUGUUAGGUUACAGUGAAGGUGGGCUAUGGCUUUGUUAGGUUACAGUGAAGGUGGGCUAUGGCUUUGUUAGGUUACAGUGAAGGUAGGCUAUGGCUUUCUGUUAGGUUACAGUGAAGGUAGGCUUUCUGUUAGGUUACAGUGAAGGUAGGCUAUGGCUUUGUUAGGUUACAGUGAAGGUUGGCUAUGGCUUUGUUAGGUUACAGUGAAGGUAGGCUAUGGCUUUCUGUUAGAUUACAGUGAAGAUGGGCUAUGGCUUUCCGUUAGGUUACAGUGAAGGUAGGCUAUGGCUUUCUGUUAGAUUACAGUGAAGGUUGGCUAUGGCUUUCUGUUAGGUUACAGUGAAGGUAGGCUAUGGCUUUCUGUUAGAUUACAGUGAAGAUGGGCUAUGGCUUUCCGUUAGGUUACAGUGAAGGUAGGCUAUGGCUUUCUGUUAGAUUACAGUGAAGAUGGGCUAUGGCUUUCUGUUAGGUUACAGUGAAGGUGAGCUAUGGCUUUCUGUUAAGUAGGGCUGUGGCGGUCAUGACAUUUUCUCAGCCGGUGAUUGUCAAGCAAAUAACUGCCGGUCUCACAGUAAUUGACCGUUUAUUAACAUAAACACAUUUAGCAUCUCAUGGCUUCCACACAUAGCCUACAAGCCACUGAUGCAGACCUUUGGAACAUCUACAUUUUAAAAAUUCUAAUAAAUCCAUGUAAUAUAGCCUACACCAUCACAAUAAAUCCAGUAUUUAUUUUAGACGGGGCUAAAGAAGCAUGAUAUGAAGAAAAUUGUAGUCAACUUCAGAAGAACAGAAUAGCAUACUCUGAGUUGUCCUUAUGUUAGGUCCUGAUCUGGCUAUGCCACAUGGCUGUGGGCUACACUAGUUCAUUUAGCAGACAAGAUUUGCUUAGAAUUCCGUGGCAUUAUUUUUAUAGUAUGAAGAAUACAAUUGAACAUAGCAGAAUAAAGUAGAAACUAUAUUUUACUCCAAACGAUUUCCAAGGGAGUGCGCGUGGCUAUUCUGUGUUGAGCGGUUAAUAAAGAAACAGGUCCUCCUAUAUGCUUAAUUUAGAGUUAUUUGUGCAACUUUAGUUGUGAUACAAACGUUGGGCUAUAUAUUUUGAUUUGACACAUUUCAUCAGUCUCUCAUUCAAAAUUUCACAAGCACUUGAUAAUGCCUCGGAUUUCCCGGCGGCAUCCCCCUUGUCUGGCCGUAAUGGCCCCUAAAAUAAAUUCAUGCCUUUUGCGGUCAAAGUGGCCGUUGUGCCCUUGGGCUGAAUAUAAUAAAUAUAAUUCCCUUAUGAAGCACCUCUCACUCACAUGGCUCUCUCAGAUAUCUGAAUUCUUAUUAGCCAAUGACCGUCACGUGAUCGGGUCCUUCUCACAGUCAUCUCAGCUCUGAAGUAGGCACAUCGGGGACGCAACUGAGCCCAUCCUUCUUAUCGAAUUCCGAGGAGCAUAUUGAAGAUGUUAGAAGAACUGUCCACACUUACUUUUCAUCAGUCAACAAGAUGAGUAGGCCUAACGAACAGCAAAAGCACUAGCCUAUGUCAAUCUACUAUCCCCCAUAGUACAAAAGAUGACCUAUUCUAUUGGUCAACUUGUCCUUCUGUGCAAAAAAGAAAACAUAGUCUGGGACAUUUGUGGGAUGCGAUAGAUCCCAAAUUAAUACAACCACUAGCAUCAAAAACCUUUUAAAAGCAAUGAGUCUGACACAACAGAUCAUAACGUUUAGUUAAAAUUUUGAUAAACUAUUAGGCUAUUUCUUCACAUUAUAAGCGCAGCAAUGCGCACAUGGCAGUAGGCUAUAAGCGCAAAUGUUCCAAAAUGCAAUCAAUUAGCGGGAAAACACCAUUCUCAAAAGUGACCGCGAUUGUGCAUGUAAUGCUUUAUUAUAAAGGUGCAUUUUUAUGGUGAAAAUUAUAAUAUGCCAAUUAGAAGAAAAUUAUCUUCCCCCAAACUUGAAACUCACACGCCUCCUAUGUAUGCCAGUUAGGCUCUACACCUGUUGUAAAGCGGAUUAAUGUGCUUAAUUUUAAGAAGUUAUUUGGCCACUUUAGUUGUGAUACAAACCUUUUCAAAACAAAUAGGCCUAUGGGCUAGGCGACGCGAGGUGGGCUAGGCGACGCGAGGUGUGAGACUAUGAUUUGAAAAAGUUGCAAAAAAAGGAAUGCGCUGUUUCUUGCCUUCACACACUGGGCAUCAUUCACAAGCAAUAUUACAUCAUUCACAAGCAAUAAUACAUCAUUCAUAACAGAUAAUAUUGUCACCCAUCAGACUAUUCUUAAUUUAAUCUUGUCUUUACAUAUACAAAAUAAUAUAUGUAUGAAGUUAGUUUUUAUUUAGAAUGGACCAUUAUCAUGCACCUGUCUCAGAACAGGGGCAGGAGAAAAUAAUACAUGUCAUCUAUGCACUUAAAUAGCGAAUGGAGGACACUUUUCAUGCCAGCCUGUUGUAAAGUGAAACAAUGUGCUUAAUAUUAGGUACAGUGGGGAACAAAAAGUAUUUAGUCAGCCACCAAUUGUGCAAGUUCUCCCACUUAAAAAGAUGAGAGGCCUGUAAUUUUCAUCAUAGGUACACGUCAACAAUGACAGACAAAAUGAGAAAAAAAAUCCAGAAAAUCACAUUGUAGGAUUUUCAAUGAAUUUAAUUGCUAAUUAUGGUGGAAAAUAAGUAUUUGGUCAAUAACAAAAGUUUCUCAAUACUUUGUUAUAUACCCUUUGUUGGCAAUGACACAGGUCAAACGUUUUCUGUAAGUCUUCACAAGGUUUUCACACACUGUUGCUGGUAUUUUGGCCCAUUCCUCCAUGCAGAUCUCCUCUAGAGCAGUGAUGUUUUGGGGCUGUCGCUGGGCAACAUGGACUUUCAACUCCCUCCAAAGAUUUUUUUAUGGGGUUGAGAUCUGGAGACUGGCUAGGCCACUCCAGGACCUUGAAAUGCUUCUUACGAAGCCACUCCUUCGUUGCCUGGGCGGUGUGUUUGGGAUCAUUGUCAUGCUGAAAGACCCAGCCACGUUUCAUCUUCAAUGCCUUGCUGAUGGAAGGAGGUUUUCACUCAAAAUCUCACGAUACAUGGCCCCAUUCAUUCUUUCCUUUACACAGAUCAGUCGUCCUGGUCCCUUUGCAGAAAAACAGCCCCAAAGCAUGAUGUUUCCACCCCCAUGCUUCACAGUAGGUAUGGUGUUCCUUGGAUGCAACUCAGCAGUCUUUGUCCUCCAAACACGACGAGUUGAGUUUUUACCAAAAAGUUAUAUUUUGGUUUCAUCUGACCAUAUGACAUUCUCCCAAUCCUCUUCUGGAUCAUCCAAAUGCACUCUAGCAAACUUCAGACGGGCCUGGACAUGUACUGGCUUAAGCAGGGGGACACGUCUGGCACUGCAGGAUUUGAGUCCCUGGCGGCGUAGUGUGUUACUGAUGGUAGGCUUUGUUACUUUGGUCCCAGCUCUCUGCAGGUCAUUCACUAGGUCCCCCCGUGUGGUUCUGGGAUUUUUGCUCACCGUUCUUGUGAUCAUUUUGACCCCACGGGGUGAGAUCUUGCGUGGAGCCCCAGAUCGAGGGAGAUUAUCAGUGGUCUUGUAUGUCUUCCAUUUCCUAAUAAUUGCUCCCACUGUUGAUUUCUUCAAACCAAGCUGCUUACCAAUUGCAGAUUCAGUCUUCCCAGCCUGGUGCAGGUCUACAAUUUUGUUUCUGGUGUCCUUUGACAGCUCUUUGGUCUUGGCCGUAGUGGAGUUUGGAGUGUGAUUGUUUGAGGUUGUGGACAUGUGUCUUUUAUACUGAUAACAAGUUCAAACAGGUGCCAUUAAUACAGGUAACGAGUGGAGGACAGAGGAGCCUCUUAAAGAAGAAGUUACAGGUCUGUGAGAGCCAGAAAUCUUGCUUGUUUGUAGGUGACCAAAUACUUAUUUUCCACCAUAAUUUGCAAAUAAAUUCAUUAAAAAUCCUACAAUGUGAUUUUCUGGGAAAAAAAUUCUCAAUUUGUCUGUCAUAGUUGACGUGUACCUAUGAUGAAAAUUACAGGCCUCUCUCAUCUUUUUAAGUGGAAGAACUUGCACAAUUGGUGGCUGACUAAAUACUUUUUUCCCCCACUGUAUGUAAACUUCCGACUUCAACUGUAGAAAGCUGAUGGGGUACUCCUCUUUUUAACAGAGGCCAUCAAAACUCUGUUUUCUCAUGCAAUUGCAUUGCCUAUAGAAAUGUUGUGCAACAUGAGCUCAUGAGCUCUCAUUAAGUGUUUUGAUUUGAUUUUCGAUUACAUUUGCAUUGAUGUCAGAGUGAUUAGAAGGGACAAUAGAGUGCUGGGUACCAGGCAGUUAGCAAGUUUGGUAGGCUACUAAUGACCAUCAGCAGCAUCAGAGCUUGGAGAAGUCGAGUUACCGGGACUAAACGGUCACGUGGAAUUUGACUGCUGUCAUGACUGGGGACCGCCGGUGUGGCGGUAAUACGGUCACCGUAACAGCCCUAGUGUUAGGUUACAGUGAAGGUGGGCUAUGUCUUACAGUGAACGUUUCACCUGGUCAGUCACUGGGAAGGUUUACUAACUAUUUCAUAUUACAUAUUACAUUUCAGUCAUUUAGCAGAUGCUCUUAUCCAGAGCGACUUACAGUUAGUGAGUGCAUACAUUUUUCAUACUGGCCCCCCCGUGGGAAUCGAACCCACAACACUUGCGUUGCAAGCGCCGUGCUCUACCAACUGAGCUACAGGAGGCUACAUAUGUUGGGUCAUGGGGAUGUUUGAGCUGUGUCACCGGUCAAGAUUUUACAUUUAAAGGUAUACUAGGUACACAAUGUAUUGAUACCAGGUCUGUCUCUGUAUCGGAUUCAUUCAGGAGCGCUGUCGCGAAGCUGAGCUGGAGCACUGGGUGCACUCCGGCCUGACGGCGAAAGAGAAGCGCGACGGCAAGAAGAGGACCAAACUCCCCGAGACACCCAAGACUGCCGAGGAGAUGUGGCAACAGGGCGUCAUGGGAGACUACCUGGCCAAGUACAGGGUGAGAAAGAGUGACAUUUUGUGUCUGCAAAACAGCCGUAGAUUAUUAUGAUUUUAUCUUUAAUAUAGGGCCAUAUUAAUUUUUAUAGUUUUCUGUCUGGUUUUAGUGUUUCACAUUUAGAUUGAAGUAGUUAUUUUCCACCAACAACCCAACAAAACCAUAUAUAUUUUUUUACAAGCACUGUAUACUGUGGCGGGACAAAUCAAAUUGGCUCGUGGGCCAGUUGUGGCACGCAGGCCACCAGUUGAAGUCCCCUGCUGUACAGCAUCUAGGAAUGCACUUUUAAUCCGUACCGUCCUAAGGUGAAGAGAAAAACCAUAUGUGUUCCAUGUCUUCUGGUUACAGAGUGACCGUAAGAAGGCCCAGAGUGCCAUGGAGUCGGCCUGGAAGGCCAUGGAGAAGAAGGAGAAGAUUCCGUGGAUCAAGAAGGCGGCUGAAGACCAGAAGCGAUACGAGGUUCAGUACCGGCCCGUGGUCAGUGACCAGACGUUUUGACCGCUGUCUUCUCCAGUUGUGCUGAAGAAAUGUCAAAAUGUUGGUCGCCCUCCUUCUGCUGCUCCCCACCCCCUCCUCCCCCCGCCCCCCACCCCCUCCUCCCCACCCCCCACCCCCUCCUCCCCACCCCCCCACCCUCCUCCAAGCCCCCCCCACCUUCCUCCAAUCCCCCCCCCCCCCUCCUCCAAGCCCCCCCACCUCCCUCCCCCCACCCCCCACCUCCCUCCAGCCCCCCCCCCACCCCUCCCUCCGCCCCCCCACCCUCCUCCAGCCCCACCCCCCACCUCCCUCCCCCCCCCCCCCCUCCUCCAGCCCCCCCCUACCUUCCUCCACCCCCCCCUCACCCUCCUCCAAGCCUCCCCGCCCCCCACCCUCCUCCAAGCCAGAGUGGAGUUGGUGGCUCCACCUCGCCUGGAUGCGUUUGUGUGAUCUCUGUUCUUUGUUUCUUCUGCUUUCUGCCAUUGUACCAGCGUCUUGACAUUUGAGUCAUACACUAUAUAUACAAAAGUAUGUGGACACUCCUUCAAAUUAGUGGAUUCGGCUAUUUCAGCCACACCUGUUGCUGACAGGUGUAUAAAAUCGAGCACACUGCCAUGCAUUGGCAGUAGAAUGGCCUUACUGAAGAGCUCAGUGACUUUCAGCGUGGCACCAUCAUAGGAUGCCACCUUUCCAACAAGUCAGUUCGUCAAAUUUCUGCCCUGCUAGAGCUGCCCCGGUCAACUGUAAGUGCUGUUAUUGUGGAAACGUCUAGGAGCAACAAUGGCUCAGCUGCAAAGUGGUAGGCCACACAAGCUCACAGAACGGGACCGCCGAGUGCUGUAGCGCGUAAAAAAGAAUCUGUCCUCGAUUGCAACACUCACUACCGAGUUCCAAAAUGCCUCUGGAAGCAACGUUAGUCUGGGGCUGUUUUUCAUGGUUCGAGCUAGGUCCCUUAGUUCCAGUGAAGGGAAAUCUUAACGCUACAGCAUACAAUUACAUUCUAGACGAUUCUGUGCAUCCAACUUUUUGGCAACAGUUUGGGGAAGGCCCUUUCCUGUUUCAGCAUGACAAUGUCCCCUGUGCACAAAGCGAGGUCCAUACAGAAAUGGUUUGUCGAGAUCGGUGUGGAAGAACUUGACUGGCCUGCACAGAGCCCUGACCUCAACCCCAUCGAACACCUUUGGGAUGAAUUGGAACGCCGACUGCGAGCCAGGCCUAAAUCGCCCAACAUCAGUGCCCGACCUCACUAAUGCUCUUGUGGCUGAAUGGAAGCGAGUCCCCGCAGCAAUGUUCCAACAUCUAGUGGAAAGCCUUCCCAGAAGAGUGGAGGCUGUUGUAGCAGCAAAAGGUGGGACCAACUCCAUAUUAAUGCCCAUGAUGUUGGAAUGAGAUGUUCGACGAGCAGGUGUCCACAUACCUUUGGUCAUGUAGUGUGUUUUUUCGCUGGAUGUCACUGUUGAAAUAUGUAAUGUGUAUAUAUUAUGAUGAUCCAUUCAACUGUCCCUUUAUUUUGAUGAGACGUACCAUUACCCAUAUUUACUGGGUCAAAUAUGGCAAAUACUUCCAAAUACUCAAGCGUAACUUGAUUUCAUUUGCCCGAUACAAUGGAAUCCUUUGAAAGUAUUUGACAUGUACAGUACGUCUGAUGCGUUGUAAUGUGUGUGUGUGUGUGUGUGUGGUGGACUGUGCUUGUCCUGCAGAGGGAAUUGUUGGAGAUGAGAACAGCCCAGUCAGGAGCAGGCCAGAGGAAACCCAAGUUUGAAGGGGAGCCCAGAAAGCCACCAGUGUGAGUGACUACAUAUUGACGUCUGUUUGUCACAUGGUGUCUUGGCUUUUAUCCUGGCCCAUAUUCUUUUUUUAUUUACCUUUUCACUUUGCUCCAUCCCAUUUUCUACGUCUCUCCUUUACCCCCAAAUGUCCUCCGCUUUCCCCCAAAUGUCCUCCGCUUUCCCCCAAAUGUCACUAUCAUUGUUUUACUCAUUUGUCAUGUCUUUGAUCACCACCUUAAAUCGGACACGUUAAGCCUAGAAGAUCCUAGGCUAUUUACGUACUUCUGCUUUGUGUUGCUAAUUGUUGCUAGUAUGAAUGUAUACAUUUAUUUAGAUGGGGCUAUGCCAUUAGUUUGCUCAUGGACUGUAGUUUCGAUUGACUGCUAUGUGGGUAUAAUUAAACCUGCUUCCUGUCUCCUCUCUCUCUCUCUGCAGGAGUGGCUACCAGAUGUUCUCCCAGGAGCUGCUGACCAACGGCGAGCUGAACCACUUCAGCCUGAAGGAGCGGAUGGUGGAGAUCGGCAAGCGCUGGCACAAGCUCAGCCAGAGCCACAAGGACAAGUACAAGAAGCUGGUGGAAGAACAGCAGAUCGAGUACAAGGCCGAGCUGGAGGCCUGGGUCAAGGUAAGGGUCAUAGGUCAAAUAAUUAUUUAUUUCUUAGGUACUUUUCUGAACUGUGGAUACCCAAGGUCGCCUUGCCUCAAAAUAAUCAAAUAAGUGUUUAAAAUAUCAAAUGCAUCACAGAAGAAUACAUUGGUACAAGGUGCGUACUCGGAACCUAUGCAUUGUAUUCUUUAAAAAAUCAAUAAAUAGUUGAAAUGAUAGAUGCAAUGUUGGCGACAGCACCUUUUGGAAGAAAUCAGUGUUUUGUCAUUUCUUCCCCCUCACUCUUUCUGUCUGUCGUCCCCUUCAGUCUCUCUCUCCCCAGGAGCGAGCAGUUUAUAAAGAGUUCUCCACCACGGUGAGUUUCACGCUGUCAAAUACGCAUGUUGUCAUGUUAUUGACCCCGACUCAACACCGCACUUCAUAUACAAUGCCCGAAACACUCACAUUCAUGCUAUAACCGGUCCAACUCCUGCUGUAACCCUUCACACUAAUGCUAUAUUUGUUUUAAUUCCUCGUUCUUCAUAUUCCAUGGCUAUAGCUACUCUUUUCUCUGUAGCUGGAGUUCUUAACACCUGACACCAAAUACAUUUGAUUUAGAUGAGUAAAUUAAAAUAGCCUUAUUGUGUCUUUGUAGCCUGAUGUGACGGCCAUAGUGACUAUCUGUAUUCGCAAGCGGGCAUCUAGCAUAACUGCAUAUAAAUGGCAAAAGAACAUAAUGAUAUUUGCAUCUAGCUACUAAUCAUCAAUGCUUUGAGCUUGAAAGUUAUUUGUGUGCUGCUCUUACCCCCCCUCCUCCCCCCCUCCAUCUUUCCAUCCCCAUUACCUCCCCCCCCCCCCCCCCCCCAAUUCUCUUUCCCUCUCCAUCUUGCCCCCCCCCCCCCCCCCCCCCCCCACCACCAAAUGCAGAAACGGCGGAGCACCACCAAGGUGCGGGGGGGCCCGGGGGCCAAGGUUCGCGUGACUGCAGUGAAGGGGAAGGCGGUAGGUGCCAGAGCCACAGCAGCAGGGGUCGGGGGGGGCAAGCGGGCCAUGGCGUACCGGGCCAAGGUAACCGCGCCGCUCUCGCCGGACUGCUUCCCUCUCUCACACACACAGACUGAGACACACACUCACAAUCCACACACACUCUGAUUUUGAAGUGGUGGCAUGUGCAUGUGUGCUCUCUUGCCAUUUUUGUAGUUUUACUUUGUCUAACGUGCUUAUGUGUUAGUAUUAUUUUUUUUGUUAAUCUGUGUUUUAACCUGUUAUGUCUGGGUGGUUGUGUUAUCCUAUCAUAUGUGUGUGUCCUGUAAUUGUGUAUUCCAUGUGCUGUUGUAAGCAAGGGUUGGAACCUGUUCAAGGAAAAUAUGAAAUUAUUUGAGGAACAGAACACGAACCGAAAAUGAAAAAUGAUCUAUACUGUUCCGGAACAGAACCGUUAUUUUAAAAAGUAUGGGAACCGGUUAAUACCGUUCUUUUACGUUCCGGGAGAAGAAUGGAUUUACUUUUUCAAUGCUAGUUAAGGAUACUGUAGUUAUCACGUUUCACAUUGGAAUUAUUAACAACAAUAAGGUAAGACGUGUUGUUAAUUCUAGUGCUGCUCUGCACACCCAAGCUUGUUGGCUAGCUAGCUAACGUUUGCUCUGGUCCAACGUUAAACCAACUUGGAAGUUGAAAGACAUGAACAGUUCCUCCAUAGAAGCCGCUUCUCCGUAGGUAUAAUUCUGUGGGCCUAAUUCAGUCAUGACAAGAUGCCCAGCUCUUCAAGGCAGCACAGUGUUUUGUCUUUCAUUAUGAUUAAACCAUGCUGUUACGGCAAAAUAAGAUUUACCGACUUUCCUAUACCGAUUUAAAUCACUUACCCGCUCCACAGCAAGCAGCUCUAUAAUUUAAUGUUGAUUUGAAAUGUACAACUAUAUACAUUAAUAAUAAUAAUAGUUAUUUUUCUGGAGUUUUAAAAAGGAACAGAAAGGAACGAUAUGAAGCCAUACUUUUUUGGGGGGUUCGAACCGGUUCAGAACUUUCUUUUGCUGGUUGGAACAGUGGAACGGAAUGAAAACAAUAAUGGUUAUGUUCAGAAUGAAACGAUUGGAAAAUUAUUUUGGUUCCAACCCCUGGUUAUACAGUGCAUUCGGAAAAUAUUCCGACCCCCUUUACUUUUCCCACAUUGUUACGUUACAGCCUUAUACUAAAAUUGAUUUAAUCCCCCCCCCCAUCAUCAAUCUACACACAAUACCCCAUAAUGACAAAGCAAGUUUUUUUUUUGUGUGUGCAAAUUUAAAAAAAAAAUCAGAAAAUGACAUUUACCCUCUAUAAUGGCUCCGUUCAUCUUUCACUCGAUCCUAGACUAGUCUCCCAGUCCCUGCCGCUGAAAAACAUCCCCACAGCAUGAUGCUGCCACCACCAUGCUUCACCGCAGGGAUGGUGCCAGGUUUCCUCCAGACGUGACGCUUGGUAUUCAGGCCAAAGAGUUCAAUCUCGGUUUCAUCAGACCAGAGAAUCUUGUUUCUCAUGGUCUGAGAGUCUUUAGGUGCCUUUUGGCAAACUCCAAGCAGGCUGUCAUGUGCCUUUUACUGAGUGGCUUCCUCUGGCCACUCUACCGUAAAGGCCUGAUUGGUGGAGUGCUGCAGAGAUGGUUGUCCUUCUGGAAGAUUCUCCACAGAGGAACUCUGGAGCUCUGUCAGAGUGACCGACUAAAGCCCUUCUCCCCCGAUAGGAAGAGUCUUGGUGGUUCCAAACUUCUUCAAUUUAAGAAUGAUUGAGGCCACUGUGUUCUGAGGGACGUUCAAUGCUGCAAAACUAUUUUGGUACCCUUCACUAGAUCUGUGCCUUGACACAAUCCUGUUUCGGAGCUCUACGGACAAUUCCUUUGACCUCAUGGCUUGGUGUUUGCUCUGACAUGCGCUGUCAACUGUGGGACCUUGUAUAGAUAUGUGUGCCUUUCCAAAUCAUGUCCAAUCAAUUGAAUUUACCACAGGUGGACUCCAAAGUAUGAUGAAUUGAAACAGGAUGCACCUGAGCUCAAUUUCGAAUCUCAUAGCAAAGGGUCUGAAUACUUAUGUAAAGAAGGUAUGUUUUUUAUAUUUAAUACAUUUGCAAAAAUUUCUAAAAACGUGUUUUUGCUUUGUCAAUAUGGGGUAUUGUGUUGCUUGAGGAUUUUUAUUUAAUCCAUUUUAGAAUAAGGCUGUAAUGUAACAAAAUGUGGAGAAGGGGUCUGAAUACUUUCCGUAUGUACUGUGAGUGUGUGUGCAGUGCACGUGUGUGUGAACAUUCUGUAAACGGGUGAGUUUGCAGUAGAGGCGUGACCCUGUGCUCUACAGCAGGAUACGUCCGACUCGGACGACGAUGACAAGACGGACUCGUCAGACUCCGAUGACGACGAAGAAUCAUCCGGCAGCUCCGACAGCGAAGAUGAUGAUGUGAGUUUUCCAAGCCAGGGGUCAUCAGCACUAUGCUUUUGUGCAGACUUGGGUCAAAUACAUUAUUCAAAAGUAUUUGAGGUGAGCUUACUUUACCUCGGUGUUCAUUUUGAGUCAUCUGAUCAAACUAUUCGAUUGGUUCCAUUGUAUUGGGCAAACCAAAUCAAAAGCUGCACUAGUAUGACAAUGUAUUUGACCCAGCUGUUCUACGGUCUGUCCUCUAGAAUGACCCAGCUGUUCUACGGUCUGUCCUCUAGAAUGACCCAGCUGUUCUACGGUCUCUGUCCUCUAGAAUGACCCAGCUGUUCUACUGUCUCUGUCCUCUAGAAUGACCCAGCUGUUCUACUGUCUCUGUCCUCUCCAGCUGUUCUACGGUCUCUGUCCUCUAGAAUGACCCAGCUGUUCUGUCUCUGUCCUCUAGAAUGACCCAGCUGUUCUGUCUCUGUCCUCUAGAAUGACCCAGCUGUUCUACUGUCUCUGUCCUCUAGAAUGACCCAGCUGUUCUACGGUCUCUGUCCUCUAGAAUGACCCAGCUGUUCUACGGUCUCUGUCCUCUAGAAUGACCCAGCUGUUCUACGGUCUCUGUCCUCUAGAAUGACCCAGCUGUUCUACUGUCUCUGUCCUCUAGAAUGACGAUGACCAUGAUGACGACGACCAAUCCGAAGGCUCCAGCAGCUCUUCCUCAGAGGACAGCAGUGACUCGGACACAGACUAGCCACCCCCCCACCCCCCAAAGAAGAGGGUCUGUGCGGGACACGCCUCUCACGAGUCAGGAGCAGUCAUGGCAGCGUCGUCAAAACGCUUGCACAUUGGCUCCUCCCACUUCUUUCUCACAAGAAGAAAUGAGAGACAGAGAGAAUAAAUAACCAAGAGGAAUGGAGAAGACAUGCUCCCCCUCCAGUUGUUGACCUGGAGGACUUUUAUUCAAACGGGAUGAGUUCUCUCUUUUACAGGGGCUUUGUUACGUGUUCAACGCAUAUCUUUUUUUUUUUCUCCUUUAUAUAGGUGUUAUGAACUUGUUGCAACGUUUUCACUAUUUUUUUUAAACUUUGAGAAGGAAAUUUUAAACUUAAGCAGAUGAGGGGCUUGCCGUUUUUUGUCCUUGGGUCUCUGACAGUCCAUGCAGAGGGAGG